AAAGCGUGACUUUUAUGACAGUAUGAAAGAUUACUUCAUUUUGUAGGACACUUGAAUGCCUUUUUAAUGCUUCCAGUCUUUAAGACGUCCAGUAUUAUUCAGCUUAUUAUAGCAGUAGUCUUUCUGUUCUUCCUCCUGCUUAUGGUGCAGCCAUUAAAAAUAGGCAGACAUUGCUUCUUUUAACUAAUGUUCCUCCACUAUGGCUCACCUGAAGCUUUUUUUCAUCCUGAGGGAGAAGCUUGGAAGAUAACUAGACAUCAAAGAUGCGUGUUAGAGCCUUUAGCACAUUUAGCAGGAUGAUUUGGGGAAGGUAUUUUUUAACUGCAGGGCUGCAGAGCUGCAGAUGCAGAGUAAGCUGUCAUGUAAAGAGACAAUACAGCUUUCUUCCAGAUGAUGUGAAAUCCUUGCGGGCCGUGGUCAACCCGGACAUAUCCAAGAUCCGAAACAUCGGCAUCAUGGCCCACAUCGACGCAGGAAAGACGACAACCACAGAGAGGAUGCUUUAUUACUCUGGCUAUACGAGGGCACUAGGAGAUGUAGACGACGGGGACACAGUCACAGAUUUUAUGGCUCAAGAGAGGGAGCGCGGCAUCACCAUACAGUCGGCAGCAGUCACAUUUGAUUGGAAAAGUCAUAGAAUAAACCUUAUAGACACCCCAGGACAUGUUGACUUUACUCUCGAGGUGGAGCGGGCGCUUCGCGUUCUUGAUGGAGCUGUUGCAGUGUUUGACGCCUCAGCUGGUGUCGAGGCUCAGACUCUGACCGUGUGGAGGCAAGCGGAGAAGCACCACAUUCCCUGUGUUUGUUUUCUGAAUAAAAUGGACAAACCUGCAGCCAACCUGAGUUUUUCCAUCGAGAGCAUAAGACAGAAGCUGAAAGCGAAUCCAGUCCUCCUGCAGAUUCCUGUUGGCAGCGGCAGGAACUUCACAGGUGUGGUUGACUUGUUAACCAACCAGAAGCUGAUAUGGAAGCUAAGAUCUAUGGGAGAUGACGGACGAAUGUUUGAAAGCAAACCUCUCGACCAGUCUGAUGAGCCAGAACUCCUGCAGGAGGUGAACGAGGCCAGGAUGGCUUUAAUCGAACAGGUUGCUGAUCUGGAUGACGAGUUUGCUGAACUGUUGCUGACUGAUUUUGGUGAUAAUUUUGAUGCAGUCCCCUCAGUCAAACUACAAGAGGCUGUGCGGCGGGUGACUCUGGCCCGUAAAGGCGUCCCAGUCCUCUGUGGGAGCUCUUUGAGGAACAAAGGUGUUCAGCCGCUUUUAGAUGCCAUCAUCGCCUACCUGCCUGCCCCGAAUGAACGGCACCACGACCUGGUGCGCUGGUACAAAGAUGACUUAUGUGCUCUGGCCUUCAAGGUUCUCCACGACAAGCAGCGCGGUCCUCUGGUAUUUCUGAGGAUUUACUCUGGUACUCUGAAACCACAGUCAGCCGUCCACAACAUCAACAGGAACAGCAUAGAGAGGAUGAGCAGGCUGCUGGUGCCGUUUGCUGAUCAGCAUGUGGAAAUCCCCUCGAUGACAGCGGGAAACAUUGCACUAACUGUAGGACUGAAGCAGACAGUCACAGGGGACACCAUCGUUUCAUCCAAGGCUUCGGCAGCAGCUGCAGGCCGCCGAGCCCAAAAUGAGAGCGGGUUGGGGAAGAAGGGCGGGGAAAAUGCGACCGUGGUGCUUUCAGGAGUGGAGGUCCCUGAUCCCGUCUUCUUCUGCACUAUAGAACCACCCACCAUGGCCAAGCAGGCAGAUCUUGAGAAUGCACUUAACUGCCUCCAGAGAGAAGACCCCAGUCUUAAAGUCAGGGUUGACCCUGAUUCUGGGCAGACUGUUUUGUGUGGGAUGGGAGAGCUGCACAUCGAGAUCAUCCAUGAUCGAAUCAGAAGAGAGUACGGCAUCGAGACGCACCUUGGACCACUACAGGUGGCUUAUCGGGAGACUAUUCUCCACGAGGCCUCUGCGGCAGAUACACUGGACCGGACAGUUGGUGAGAGAAGACAUGUUGCGACAGUGGAGCUGGCCGUCAGGCCUGUGGACAUCUCUACAAGUGGUUCAUGUGAAUUAGCUUUCACAGAUGAAGUUGGGGGACAUAUACCACAGGAAAUGAAAGAUGCAGUGGAGAAUGGAGUGCACAGUUCAUACCUUCAAGGUCCAUUGCUAGGUUAUCCUUUACAGAGUGUAUCUACACUGAUCCAGAGUGUCGCCAUGGAACCAGGAACGUCUCCGGCCAUGGUGUCUGCCUGUGUGUCCCGCUGCAUGCUCAAGGCCCUGAGGCUAGCAGGAAGUCAGAUCCUGGAGCCAGUGAUGUCACUGGAGGUGACGGUUGGGGAGGAACACCUGAGCUCCGUGCUGGGGGAUUUAGCCCAAAGACGAGGUACCGUCAGAGACAUCCAGAGUCGUCAUGACAACAAGGUGCUACUAGCGACCGUGCCCUUGGCAGAAAUGAUGGGAUAUUCCACCAUCCUGCGAACGCUUACAUCCGGCAACGCCACCUUCUCCCUGGAGCUGGACAACUACGAGGCCAUGAACCCCCAGGACCAGAACACGCUUCUUAAAAGAAUGCGUGGCCUGCUGUGAUUCAGGUCAGAGCAAAAACAGCAGCAGAUGUUAACGCUUGUCCGGUCUCUGAUGCUGAGAAGUUUCCAACAUCGCGUACACCGUCUCACCAGCAGUUGAAGUCCACCUCAUCGCCUCCCAGGUGAACGUAGGCGUC